AUGCAGUACCAACUUGCCUCUGCACUGCUACUCACGCUUGCUGGUCAAGCCUCAGCCCGGACCAUUCACUCCAAGCGAGUCAGCGGCACCAUCUCGACUUCCUUCACGGACAAGUCCACUGGUGGUGACUUGGGCGCGACCAAUGUUCAGACUGUCAUCAACGCAGGCGUUCAAGUAUGGCUCUCUGGUCGCGGUUACCACCUCUUGAGUGGCAACAUCCAGAACUCUGGCUCCCUCAUUGUCAGUCAGACAGAUUCCGACACUUACAGCUACGCCAUUCCUGUGGCACCUUCAGGUCAAACUGUUUAUUGGGCAGGCUCCACGACCAGCAAUGGUAACCUCAUCAACAAUGCUGGAGCAUCCAUUCUUCUCAACGACGUGGCUGCAACAUCUGCUCCUACUUACGACUGGUACCUCGAAUCUUUUCAGAACGACGGUACUAUUCAGUGGUGUGGUCGUGGUGACACUGGUGGUUCCACGUACCAGCUCUACUCGAAGAAGUCCGGUGUCAACAAUGGUCUCAUCGUCUUUGAGCAAACCCGUGGCAACUUGGGUACUGCUGCUGUGUGGCGCAAUGAUGCCAUUGUUACCGGUCAGCCUCCUGCUACACUCACCAACAACGGUGGUUUCCUCAUGCGCUCGAUGCGUGUGGACUUUGUGCAGAACUUCCUCGGUAACGGUUGUUGGAUGAUUGGCAACGCUGCCACCAUGUAUCUGCAGGAUGGUGUCGGAGUCUUCCAGAACCCCACCGGAGGUCCUUCGCUUUCCGGCCAGAGCAUCUCCUUCUUGGACAACACUGGUGUUCUUCACAUGGACACUGCUGUCUACUCUCAAGCCUCGAACUUCGGUGCCACCAUCUACGGCUUCGGUCAAGGCAACAAGUUGGAGUUCUACGAGACCAUCAGCACCUGGUCUUACAGCGGCAGCACGCUGCGCGUCACCUUUGUCGGUGGUAACUCUGUCAACCUCAAUAUCGGUUCCGCCUACGCUUCAGCCGGCUUCACAAGGGCAUUUGGCCCUGCAUUCAACUACAUCACCUACACCUUUGUGGCCCCUUCAACAUCUCGCCCUGCUCAGUGUCUCUUGACUGCUCCCGUCUGUGCCGCACUUGUCCCUGGUCAGGGCCCUGCUCCUCCAGCAUCAAGUAGCGCAGCCGCUCCUACCACUUCGGCUGCUGCAAUCACGAUAUCUGCCAAGCCUGCUUCUUCGGCCGUUCCUGCUACUUCUUCGUCGGCAGCAGCUCCAACUUCUUCGGCAGCAGCUCCUACUGCUUCGGCAGCCGCACCUACUACAACUGCCGCGGCACCUACGACGUCUCAGGCUGCCCCAUCGACAUCUGUUCCCGCUGGUCCAGUCACUUCGCCAUUCGGAUGUUUCCAAGAUUCUGCUCAAUUUGGUGGUCCUCGCACACUCAAUGGAGCCUCUUACGUCGACACAACCGGCCUUACCAACCAAGCUUGUGCUGCCUUCUGUACUAGCAAGGGUUUCCCUGUAUCUGGCACUGAAUAUGGCGAGGAGUGCUUCUGUGGCAGUUCGCUUCCAACGACCGGCCCUGCCACAUGCGACAAGCCUUGCUCUGGUGACAAAUCUCAGAUCUGCGGUGGCAGCUGGGCUCUUACGGUCCUUGUCAACCCCAGCUUGCCUCUUGCUCCAGUCUCAAGCUCUGCUGCUCCUACAACUUCGGCUGCUGCCCCCACGACUUCUGCCGCUCCUACCACUUCGGCUGCAGCUCCAACCACCUCCGCCAAGCCCACUACGUCUGCCGCUCCUUCGACCACAAGCUCUACAGCACCUGCCUACACACCAUACAAGUAUGACGGCAAGCUCGUCGGUUGUUUCGCCGACGCUGCUGAGACUGGAGCACCCAGGACACUCUCCGGUGCCAGUUACAAGGACGGUCGCACUUUGACCAACGAGAACUGUGCCAACUUCUGUGGCGACAACGGCUUUGCAUACUCUGGAACUGAAUACGGCGAAGAGUGCUACUGUAGCAAUACGCUGCCUACGGUGACUUCGACACAAUGCAACGUUGCUUGCUCUGGUAAUGCUACCGAGACUUGCGGAGGCUCAUGGACCCUUACUGUCACUGUCAACCAAGCCAUCAUUGACAAGCGCAACAACGGCACUCCUCCUCAGCCUCCUUACAACCCUCUCGGCUGUUUCUUGGACAGUGUCGCUGCUCGCACUUUCACCGGCUUCAGCUACACUAACGACACAAUGACUCCUGCUCAAUGUGCCGCCAAGUGCUCUUCGCUACAGUUUGCUUUCUCCGGUACCGAGUUUGGCAAUGAAUGUUACUGCAGCAAGUCUGCUCCAGUGACAACAUCGACUCAGUGCAACAAGCCUUGUGCUGGCAACUCGGCUCUUAUCUGCGGUGGCCCUGACGCCUUGACGGUGUACCAGGACACCACCAUUCCAGUGGUCGUUGCUCCUCCUACCUGCCCUGGACUGCCUGCUGGCUAUGCAGUCUGCGCUGAAGGCCAACGCGUCAGCGGUGGCAAGUGUGUCAACGCUUGA